AUGACUGCAAUACUUGGUGCAGGAAUAAGCGGACUAGCUGCUGGACAUUAUUUGCUAAGGAAAUCACCUACGCUACCUCUUACGAUAUACGAAGCGACGGAACGAGUUGGCGGCUGGAUUCGGUCCGAUCGUUUCUUAGACAAUGGAUACGUAUUUGAGGCAGGACCACGAACGAUACGACCCAAAGGACCAGCAGCAAACAACACGCUUGAGCUAAUAGAGCACCUGGGGCUUGCUGAUCAAGUUUACUCUAUUAGCUCCAAUCACACGGCCGCCCGGAAUCGCAUGAUUUUCGCCAAAGGAAAGCUGAAUCUUCUCCCAUCCUCGCUGGGGGGAAUAUUGAAAACGGUGCCACCCUUUACGAAACCGUUGUAUUUUGCUGCGUUUAGAGAUCUUCUUGCCGGACGAUCCAAAACACUGCUGCAAGACGAAUCUAUGUACUCGUUUGUGGAACGUAGGUUCGGUAAGGAAAUCGCUGAUUAUGCCGUAAGCGCAAUGCUAUGCGGAAUUUGCGCCGGCAAUGCAAAAGAGAUAAGUGUAAAGUUUUUAAUGAAAGACCUUUUCGAGCGUGAGCAGCGACAUGGUGGCGUUAUAAAGGGUCUACUUAAAGAGGCACUGCAAAAUAACAGGAAAAAGCAAUCAGACAAUCUAAAAACAUCAAGCCAACCAACGCAGAUGGCAAGGUUGGCUGAACGGGCUAAGGCGGAAAAUUGGAGCAUUUAUUCCAUUCGUGGUGGGCUGCAGACUCUUCCAGAAACGCUGGCCACUGAUUUGCAAUCGAAAGGGGCAUCGAUUGUUACAGGAAUAAAAUGCGAAGAACUGUUCUUCGAACGCGAUCGUGUAACGCUUCGGAUCGAUGGCAAAGAUGAAUGCUUAAACCAUCUGGUCAGCAGCAUUCCCAGCUAUAAGCUAGCCAAACACGUGCAAAAACAACACCCUCAGUUAGCCACCGUAUUGAAGAGCAUCCCGUUCGUGGACGUUUGCGUUGUUAACCUGCAGUAUCGCAAAACCGGCAUGCUGAAGCAGGAUGGGUUUGGAUUUUUAGUGCCCCCAAUUGAGAACCUACCCAUUCUAGGGGUAAUUUAUGAUAGCUGCUGCUUCGAUAUGGACGAUAACACGGUGCUGACGGUGAUGAUGGGAGGCGCCUGGUUCGAAAAAUGGUUCGGUAAAGACUCCUCUGAGGAGCACCUCCUCAGUGUAGCGCUUGAAAAUGUGAAAAAAAUCCUACACAUCGAUCAAAAUCCCGACAGCUAUAAGGUCAAUCUGUUGCGUAAAUGCAUUCCGCAGUACACCGUCGGGCACCAGGAUCGGGUGAAAGCUAUACGGGACUACGUAGAGCAUCACAAACUACCGAUCGUAAUGUGCGGUGCAUCAUACGACGGAGUCGGGGUGAACGACGUUAUUCUAUCUGCGCGAACGAGUGUGGAGAAAAUGCAUCCGCAUUAG